AAGUCGCUGCUGCAGCUGGCCGCCCAGCCCCCUGAGGGUUUAGACGCGGGGGACCGAGUGGGUGGCACAACUCCCGUCACGUCCCAACGCGACCUGCGCGAUCAGCCAGUCAUGGAGGAACCGGAGGGAGAGGCGGAGACGGCCUCUGAGGCAAAAUCCGAUUCUGAAACGGAAUCAGAUAAUGAAAAACAGCCGCAACAGCAACCACCGCAACCCACGGUGGUGGAGCGACAUCCUACAGCUCUUCCGGUGGCCGCUGUGCAUUUUCACGGCCAGGCUAGACUGGACAAGCUCUAA